AUGGCAGCUGUGGUGUGUCAUGAAGAGACGAUCUGGGAGGACCAGGUCGUCUCCACUCCCCUCGCCUCGCCUUCUGCUCCCGCGUCGUCAUCUUCCCCUCUUGCGACUUCCACACCUUACUCCCCUCAUUCGACGAACGGGUGCCCGCCUGAGAGACAGUUGCCAUCAUCACGUUCCGACAUCUCUUUCUUUCCGAAAUCGCUUCGACAUUCCUCUGCCGCUCUGCCUCCUUCCUGCUUCCCUUCUUCCUCUUCUUCCAGCUCUUCGUCAUCUUCCUCUUCUUCUACUCAACGUCCCACACGACAGAGGAGACAGUCUCUGACGCCGUCUUCUUCCCUUCGUCUCCUUCCUCGUGCUCCUCCGCCUGUCGUUCCUCCCGGCCGUGGCUGUUCCCCUCCUCAGCCAGAAGACGUGUGCGCGUACUCUCCGUCUCGUUCUUCUCGGUCGCAAUGUCUCUCGUCUGAAGCUGGGCCAGGCGGCCUAAUUCAAGCCCCAAAACCGAGCACGCAUGCGGAUUGCCCGAAUCUGGGGGUUGUGCCGGCUCUGGCGCGCGGAACUCAGGCUGCGAGGGAGCGGACACUCGGAGGCGCACCGAGAGUAGCCCUCGAGGUCGGAGGAGACGAAGCGCAAAAGAGAGAAGCGCGGGCGGAGACGGGAGACCCGGCGCAGCGGGAGAGAGACGAGGAAGGGACGGUGUUCGAAGGCGAGAGAGGCGAGGGCGAACAAAGCGUCGAGGGAGACAAAGGAGCGCGCGGGCCGAGCUGUCGAGACACCCGGCGUGCGUUUGGAGACAGCGAAACCGAGCGAGCGAGGAAGGAAGACUUUGGAGAGUUUGCCAUUCCAUUCUCUCGGAGCAGAACCCCCUCGUCGCCUUCUUCGACGCACUCGCCUCAACCUCGCGUUUCUCCCCCUUCCUUUUCGCAUUCUUCUCUCCCUCCGUCCUCUUCCCCUGCGGACUCUCCAGAUCUCCUCUCUUGGGCGCAGAGGCUGCAUGCGCAGCUGCGCGAGGCGGACCCUCUCGAGUCUCUGCCUUUUUUGCGUCUCUCUGGAAACGUGGAUUUCUCUCCAGAGAACACGGAGCAGGCGACGCCCAGCGCCUCAACGGAGACACGAGAAGGCAGUCGCGCCACGGAGGGAAGAGGCAGACGGCCGGAAGCGCCAGAGGCGGUCCCCCCAGCUCUGCUGGAGACGGUCGAGGCCUUGGUGCACGAGCUUGAGAGAGAAAAAAGCAUGCACUGGGACCAGGAAGACUUUUUCUUUCGACGCGCGAGCGACUGGCGUUGUCAGCAGGAGACCCUGGCUGCUGUGGCCGAGGCCGAGAGAGAAGAGAGACGGAAGCGACGAGCUGCCGAGAGUUCCGCCCUCAAAGCUGCUGAAGCAAAUCGCGAUGCUUUGCGGCGGCUGCAGCGCCUGCAUGCAGUCGCGUCUGAGAAGAACCGGGCCCUGACGGGGAUCGUGCAGAGGCUUCAGGUGGCUCUGAGGAAGAAAGAACUGCAGUGUGACACACUGGCAACGGCUCUUCGAAAGCUCCUGCCGAUGCCUCCUCAGCAACGCGCUCGGCAACUCACGCCCAGCUUCGCGAUCACUUCCCCCCUCGGUCGGCGGCCUUCGACAACCCCCUGCCGCUCGUGGAACCUCCCGCCUCCUGGGUCCGUCCUGGGGCCCACCCGAGAGGGGGACUGCAGGACUCUGUCUCUGCCGUCUCCGUCUCAGUUGCCUUCUCCGUCUCCUUUUUCGCCGUGCUGCUCGGCGGCCUCAGCCGUGUGUUGUGGGCGGCCGCGGAACUGCUCGGCUCGGCGAGGCGAGGAAAUGCAAUCGGAGAGGAUACGCGGGUUGGAGGAAGCUCUGGAAGUUUGUUUUGCGCGGGAGACAGAGCUCGUUCGCUUUGCCCGCGAACAGAGAGAACGCGUGAAGGUGCUCGAGGCGCAGCUGCAGGAGACUCAGAAACAGACGCAAGAAGAGAGGAGGGAGACAGGCGCGCGUGGAGAGAAGGGAGCGGGGUCGCUCACCGGCGAAGGGGACAAGCGGGGGGCCGCGAAGAGCGCAUGCGGUUUAGAGAGCGAAGUGAGCACGCGAUGCACGAGUCGGUGUACGAGUGCCUCGACGCCCGCCUCUCUAGUUCCGGGUGGAACGGCAAAGGACAGAGACAAAGAGGGGAGGCGCGAGAGUCCCGUUUUCCCCUCAGUUUCUCAGGCAAGCACACCAAGGGAGGAACCAGAGCGCGACGGCGUUGGGGAGGCAGAAGGGGAGGGCGACGAGCGGCGAGUGUUUGGAGUUUCGGGCGGAGAGAACAGCACGCGAUCAAAGACCGAGAGAAGGGAAUGGCGCGAGGGGUGCGCAGAGACACGCAGACACAGGGACGAGACGCAAGUAGAAGGGGACAGUGGAGGCGGGAGCGAGAGGCGGGGGAAGAAGAGUGGGGCGGACGCAGAGAGACAGACCCUCUUUCCCGGAUGCCGCCGUCGGGAGGAGGCGAAGGAAAGGCUGGGGAACAGCCGUGAGGAAAAAGAGGAGAAUGACCAGAUGCGUGGCGUUUUGUCGGAUCUUCGUGCCUUGGACUCCGACGAAAAGGCUUCUCGUGUCCAGAAGGCGAGGCCGGAAGAGCGGAGACGAACAGGACACUGCGCGGCGUCCACCGCGUCAGUCGGCAGCGGAGAUGAAGGAAGGGGCUUUUUCUCUGACCCUUUUUGUCACGACUCUUCGUUUUCCUCUUCUCUCUCGAUCUCGGCUGUCCCUGUCCGACCUUCGCCUCCGCCGGCGACUUCUCCGUUUCUCGCCGCGCCGACGGCAACCGUCCCCCGCCCGCAAGAUGCAGAGAAAGACAGAAGAGAAACAGACGAGGCCUUCGACGCGUCCAAGCACGAACCUCUCUUCUCUUUCCUCGACGCUCUUUCGAGCUUAAGGACAGGAGAGAUCUCGACGAGCGUGCAUGGGUCUGUCACUCCACGUGCGAUGACCCCUCAGUUGGGCACUUCAACUUGUGCAGGGGACGGCGCCGUCCGUUGCCGUGGUCUCUGCGAUUCGCGCGCCUCCCCGUCCUUCAGCGAAAGAAAUUGCCUCCGCAUGCAUCCCGAGACGUCUCUGAUUCCAGAGUCUUCUGUGGGACAGGAGACCUCGUUCUCAAGACAGGCGAGCCAAGGUGCUCCGCCCUCAUCCGGGGGGUGUCUUCCCGAACGCAGUCAGUUGUCGGCGUUGGGUUCCUCUCUCCGUUCGAAGUUCACUGUUCGCGUCGAGGACCCGAGACACAGUGCCUCCGGUUCUUUUCCUUCAUUUGUGUUUCGAGGAGAGUUCUCUCGAAGCGACGAACGCGUCUCUCCAGUAGGGGAUUUUCCACCGGCGCAGAUCCCCGAAAGGGGCGAGACGGUUCAGGCAGAUCUCGCCGCCAGCCCGCUCUCCAGGCUGUCUGAGGGCUCCGAUUUUCCCUGGUCUCGUGGAAUGGGAGACGCGUCGCCGAGUCCGUUCAAAAAGAGGGGUAGAAGGGAGAGAGGCCGGGCUCUCAGUUUCGUUCCUUCCCCGUCUCCGAGCCCCGUCUCGCCGUUCAGCAAAGCCAGCAGCCCCACGAGCAGUGUGGGAGCACGAUGGAGCUCAACCAGCCUCUUCUCCGCAAGCAGCAGCUCCGGAGGCGGCCCGGGCCUCCGUUAG